AGUAUCUACGGCAACAGUACAACGCUAUAUUUUCCGCCAUCUUCGAUUGUGAAGGGUGUCCAAUAUUCGCUUUUGAAAUGGUGAAAUUGCACAUUAAACAAGGAGAUGAGAGUCUAUUCCUCAUCGAAACAACUUGCCAAGCAGAACUUUCCGAGCUGAUACCUCAAAUUGUUCGGAUCCAGAAUGGCAGAUUAAAAGUUGAACGUUUGUUUUACGAGAUGGAAGAGCUUGCAAAACACGGCAUAACCCUUCCACCCAACAUGCAGGGACUUACAGAUGAACAGCUGUCUGAUCUGAAUCUCCAUGAUGAUUGGGAGGAUGAGUGUGUUCCCAGUGGAGGUGUCAUUGAACGUAAGGACCCACUUGGCAGACGGAAUGGGAAAGCACCCAGUGAGAAAAUGGCAGAGGUCAUCAACAGAACAAGAAAAGAAGCAAAGGCUAAAGUGUCCAAGGAACAAGUGGCAGCAAAUAUCUCUCUCACUGAUGAGAUUAUUAAAGAUUCUUUAGAUCAAAUGAGAGGAGCUGUGAUGAUUGUGUAUCCCAUGGGAUUACCUCCCCAUGAUCCUAUCAGACAUGAACUGGAAAACAAAGAGGAUUUAUCUGGAACUCAGGCUUCCCUUCAAGUCUUGGAUGGAAGCACUACCCAAUUGUGGUGGGCUGGGAAGGAGCUUCAGAGAGGGAAAAAGCUGCAAGACUUCAUUGGGAAAAAUGAGAAAACAAAACUUAUUGCCAAACUUCAAAAGAAGGGACAAGGGCCACCCAGCAGAGAACCGGUGUUCAGUGAAGAGCAACGGAAACAAAUGAUGGCUUAUGCUUACAGAAAACAAGAAGACCUUAAGAAACUUGAAACAGAUGAAGACGACAGUUACCUUAACUCAGACUGGGCGGACCCCCAAGCACUUAAAAGACAAUUCCACGGUGUUGGGAACGUUAAAUGGAGACCUUAGGAGGAACGGCGACGGUUAAUUACUUCAGAUAUAGGGCUAGCUUAAUCAAAUAAUCAACUAGUUUUCGUAAUCAUUUUCCUGCUUGUUACUUAAUGGGAAAGGAGGUCACGGUAGAUUACAGCCGUAACAGACAUACUGUCGUCGCGAUUUAAAGCUGCAGUCCUUGAACGAAGGGUGGAGAAGGAAAUUACGGACGUUCUGAAGGUGUGCCCUCUCAAGAUUUUUCCUUAACUGUCAAGUUCACCAGUUGAAUGAGAGAAAGAAUGGACAAGAAACUUCUUAGGGCGAUCCUUUCAUUGCUACGUUAGCGCUGGGCGGUGAAGUAACAACAAAAUAAUCUCACUGAAUUAUGGUGAGCAAGAACAAGAUUAUGGUGAGCAAGAACUGUAUGGAAACAUUUAGUGAUCUAGGGUCAAGUUUAGGAGAUAUUCGGUAUAACUUUAGGUGAAAAGUUCACACUAAGGCCUACUGUAUUUUAGAGAAUACUUGCCAUUUUAGUAAGAUUUUCUGCAUCAUUUAACAAUUUACGCCUCGAGCACCUCGUACGCAUCUUUCGUGCUCUCCAAACUUCCCACGUGCUUCAGAUCUCGAUGAACGCACAGCUGACGUAUGAACCAUUUGUUUUCUAACAUUUUCAACCCUAUGGAAAAUUUUUUUCUCGAGGGAUUUGUUUGCUGACGUCAUGAGCGUGCACAAUUGAAGAAAUGUAAAAUGGUUUCCGUGUUUACAUGGCCUGAUGUAAACACGCGGGAGGUUGGGAGAACACGAGAUAAGAGUGGGAAACCACGACGCGAAGCGGAGUGGUUUCCAGCUUAUCGAGUGUUCUCCCAACCCCCCAAAUUUCUUUUAUAAAAUAACUAAUGAAAGAGCCUCUUCUUGCAACGAAGGAAAGCUUGUUGUUCAUUUGGCUUUUCGGCCGUUUCUUGAAAACUGGGAAAAUUAAACUCCAAAGAAAAAUUAGGAUAAUCUUCUUCUUCCAUUACUGUACUCAAAACAAACUUAAAGAAACUGAGUUACUGCUAAAUAAAUAGCAGGGAGAACUCCGCGAGAAGAUUCAGUAUGAAAACCGUGUUUACAUACUGUGCGCUCAUGUAAAAUGGUUUUAUGGCCAAUCAGAGCGCGCGUACUAUUUGAAUUAUUUUAUAAAGGAAUAGGAAGCACGCUCACGCAUUUGAAUUUGAUUAGAAAAAUUUACUAGCUAUGUUAUGCUAUCAUACGUCAGCGUGCGUUGAUCGAGAUAUGAAGCACGCGGGAAGUUUGGAGAGCACGAGAGAUGCGUGAGAUGCUUCUUGUGUGCUCUCUAAACUUCCCAAGUGCUCCAUAUCUCGAUGAACGCUCAGCUGACGUAUGAACCAAUUGUUUUAUAACAUUUUCAACCCGUUGGAAAAUUUUUUUCUCGAGGGAUCUGUUUGCUGACGUCAUGAGCGUGCACAAUAAGAAUAUGAAGCACGCUCGCGCAAUUGAAUUUGAUUAGACAAAUUUACUAGCUAUGUUAUAAAAAGAGAGGAUGAAUGAAAUAAAAAUCAGAUUGUAAAGGUAUGGAUACCAUUUCAAGGUGUUCAGUAACUGAAACAGUUCCAUCUCGGUUUAAUGAAAAUGACACUCAAAACGACAGUAAUUUGAAAGAAAUAGUAAAAAAUACAUGCAAACCAUUGCUCAUCUUAACCCGAUAAAAUUAGUUCUCGAUAAGAGAGUAACUUUUGUUGAACAAUUAUCUAAAGGGUAAUCUCAUGCUAUGCAUGGGAAUGGCUUGUCAGUCAAACUUUGAAGGAGAAAGAUAUU